CCGCUGGUGGAUCAACAGACACACGCUCGUUUGUCGCUCCUGCUGGAACGUUAAAGGCUCGCGGCUGUCGUUGUUUUCUAUUGUUGUUUAUAUUAGUUUUCAGGAGCAUCGCGUGCAGGGCGCAGUGACGGUCGCAGGAUCCCCGCGCAGGAGUUGAGCACGGAUCGUGAAGCGCAGGUUUCUUUCAGUGGAGGGUUUCGAGUGAAUUCAGCCGAGCGAGUGCAGCGGAGGACGCAGUGGAGCCGUCACCAUGUGCAUUUGACAAGUAACGGUGACUAAUCUGGGGCCAUACAGGCGAGCUGAUGAGGAUGACGAUGGUGAGUGAGCUCUUACCAUAGUGUCUGAUGGUUUGGUAAUAAUGGACGUCCUCAAUGGCCAGCUCGGCAUCUCCACCUUCACGACCCCGGCCUCAGAGAGGAGCAGCAGCUCAGAGUCCCUCAGUGAGAAGGGUCCCUCGGAGCUCAAGAGUUUUGACGCUGUGGUGUUCGACGUGCUAAAGGUCACGCCAGAGGAAUAUGCAGGUCAGAUCACUCUCAUGGAUGCUCCAGUCUUCAAAGCCAUCCAACCUGAGGAACUCUCUAGUUGUGGCUGGAACAAGAAGGAGAAACACAGUUCAGCACCCAACGCUGUGGCCUUCACACGACGCUUUAACCAGGUGAGUUUCUGGGUGGUGAGGGAGAUUCUUCACGCUCAGACUCUGAAGAUCAGAGCAGAAGUGUUGAGCCUCUAUAUCAGAACAGCAAAGAAACUGUGUGACAUGAACAGUCUCCAUGCAGUGAUGGCAGUAAUAUCUGCUUUACAGAGCGCCCCCAUCUUCAGGCUCACCAAGACCUGGGCUCUUUUGAGUCGAAAGGACAAGGCCACGUUUGAGAGGCUGGAGUACUUGAUGUCUAAAGAAGACAACUAUAAACGCUUGAGAGAUUACAUCAGCAGCCAGAGCAUGACAUCCUGCAUCCCGUAUCUAGGUAUAUAUCUGUCUGAUCUGACCUACAUCGAUUCUGCGUAUCCAUCCACCGGCAGCAUUCUGGAAAACGAACAGCGUUCCAACCUCAUGAACAACAUUCUGAGAAUAAUCUCAGACCUGCAGAGAUCCGUUGAAUAUGAUAUCCCAGUAUUGCCGCACGUCCAGAAGUAUCUUAACUCUGUGCGCUACAUUGAGGAGUUACAGAAGUUUGUGGAGGACGACAAUUAUAAGUUGUCCCUAAAGAUAGAGCCACCAGCUACCAGCACACCUCGCACCACUGCCUCUAGAGAAGACCUCACAGGUCCAGAUAAAUCUGCAUCACCUUUAUGUGGUCAUCGAGGUAAUGUUGCUGAAGGUGCCCUGCCUAAAGUCCCGCCAACGCCACCCUCACCCCGGAACCUCAUCACCUACGGACACAGGAAGAGCCACAGCCUCGGCUACAAUUUUAUCCACAAAACGAACACGGUGGAGUUUAAAAGCGCUACUUUCCCCAACGCCGGAUCCAGACACCUGUUGGACGACAGCGUGUUGGAAAGUCACACACCCACACGAGGACAGGCAGAGAGCUCAACACUGUCUAGCGGCAUUUCACUGGGAAGCAGUGAAGGGUCGGAGCUCAGUGAGGAGAUGUCAUGGCCUGCCUUUGAGAGGACUCGAUUCUACCACUCUCUGGGCCCCGUCAGCAGGGUGGGCCGCAUUACCUGCAGAGGAGCGCUCUGGUCCAGCAGCUCUGCAGAGUCAGAGGAGCUGGCGGUGCAUCUGUACCCAGGAGCCGUCACAGUUCAGGGGGUCUUACGCAGGAAAACAGUCCUCAAGGAGGGCAAGAAACCCACGGUGGCAGCGUGGACUAAGUAUUGGGUGGCUCUUUGUGGUACUCAGCUUUACUAUUAUACUGCCAAGUCCCUCAAGGCCACAGAGAGGAAGCAUUUUAAGUCUAGCGCCAGCAAAAGUGUUUCUGUUUUGGGCUUAAUGGCCAUGAUGGCAGAUGACCCGGAGCAUCCUGACGUCUUCCUGCUGACUGACUCUGAGCACGGAAACUCCUAUAAGUUCCAAGCAGGGAACAGAAUGAACGCUCUGCUGUGGUUCAAACACUUGAGUGCAGCUUGUCAAAGCAACAGGCAACAGGUCCCAGCGAAUCUAAUGUCCUUUGAAUGAGUGAAACCAAUGCGAAUCCAAAACGGCUGGAAGACAGAGGAAUAUGAAGAUCGCUGGGGAAGGAGCAGAGGCCAGGGACGAAUAAAAGAGCAAAUGACACAUGUUUUGUGUGCGUUGGAGCUUUUCCACUGCCAUCACCCAGCCUGAACCCCACGGCAAACUCCUUGAGCACCACUGCCUUAACAAGCAGAGUGUGUGUGUGUGUGUGUGUGUGUGUGUGUGUGUGUGUGUGUGUGUG